AUGCCUUGGUUAACCGGCCCCUACACCAAAAAGCAGGGGGUUACAGGCAGCGUGGGGCUGGACCUUUCAGCUCAAACACCAGCUGAUGCUCAGUCUCAGCACUCACUGUGGUCUCUGGCUGGGGGCACACUGCGAGCCUGGUAUGGUUUUACUCCAGCGUUUGUAGUGUGGUCAGUCUACCAGCUGGAGGCGCUGCUGCACCCCUCUGUGCUGCUCGUGGAUGUGUGCUGGAGGCUGCUCUUUGUGUGUCUUGUGUGGAUUACUCUGGCAGGUUGCCUCCAUGCCCUGAAGUGCUGCCUGCAGCCAGGACAGAGCCAGUUGAGGGGAGAAGCUCCAGAGACUGGACAGGAGAUUGUGACUGAAAUGAGGAGUGACCAGUGUUCGUGGAUGUCAACAAACCCAGGUGUGAGUGUUAACAUGGUCGUUGCCCUGGCUGACAGCCUGCUGCUGUGUGUGCUGCAGGAGCCCCUGCCAGAGCGCAGCGUGCCCCAGAUCCAGGCGCUCCUCUGCAGGCUGGAGUCGGUGUCUCAAACGCUUGAGAAGGCUGAUGUUGGAUCAGAGGAGGAGGUGAGCCAAAGCUCCAGAGUGACAGACAAAGUGAAACUCCUCCGUGCCUACCUGCAGCAGAGGAUAGCGUCCUUGCGUACUCUCGUCCAGGUCCAGGGGAACUUUGAGGCCAGUGUGAAGAACAUGCUGCAGGGCUUAGAUGACCUCUGGGCUCAGCUGGAGGAGCUGCAUACUGGAGUCACACUCAGCAAACAGGAGAGCCACGGCCACAGAGACCUGACCUCUGCCCAGACAGACACACAGCAUUUGUGGUCAGUCUUGGGUCACCGCAGGAAUAAACUGAAGUCCUGCCAGGUUCAUCUGAAGGACAGCACACAGCUACUGCAGGAGCUAACCUGGAGUCACACUCACCUCAGCAGGAGUGUGAACGGCAGCAGUGAAUCGGUGUGGGCAGAGCUCCUGCUUCAGUCUAAUAUUGAGCAGUUUGACAAAGUGCAGGAGAGUUUCCUCUCUCUGGAACAGCAGACCUCCAACUUCCAGGCCCACCUGGAGGGACUUCAGGGAAAGCAUGCAGGGCCCGCCGCUCACGCUGACUCCGGACUGCCACAGACUUCUGUACCUGCCCACAGGAAAGCGUCACCGGAGCACCGCCGCUCGACCUCUUCCUCCACGUCUUCCUCCUCAGUGGAUGCAGGUGGAGCCGCAGGAACAGACGACACCUUCUCACUGUGUCAGAGGUCGGCACGACAGUUCUCCUCCAGCAUCGGACGGCUGCGUAAGUCUGGGAGGAAGAAGUGAUUUUUAAAA